CAGAGCAGGGAGAGACCCCUCCCUUUGGCCGGGUUACGAUCACCAAAAUGCUCCUGCUUCGAGAAGAGCGAGGUGUCAUGUGGAUCGAGGGGUUUCCUCAACCUCAGAUCCCAGAGGCGGUCCAGCAGGAGGCUCCCAAGGGUGCAGCUGAUGUGGAGGUCCAGCCCGAGGAUGUGGAUGACACUGCUGCCGCCCGCCCCACCACCUUCGAGUACGGGGGUGGCAGUUCCAGCUUCCUCGGCCAGGACUACUUCACAUCCCAGUUCGAGCAGCUGCGUCUCCAGAACCAGCAGAUCCUCGACCAUCAGAUGCAGUUCCAGCAGCAGUACGCGGCUCACCAGGCCGAGUACCACCAGAGGAUGGCUGUUUAUGAUGAGAGAUUGGACCAGCUCCAGACCCAGCAGGGAGUGACUCUCGCACACAUCGAGGGGGAGAGGCGCCUCUCUCGGCGCAUGCAGGAGGUACAGGGGCAUCUGCUCCAGCUGCUACUGGGCGAGCAGCCAGUCUGGAGGACUCCCUGGGAGGACUCCCCACUUCCACCUCCACCCACUGAUGGUAAUGAUGGUGCUGAUGGUGAUGACGCGUUCAUGGACGACAUCGACCUGGAUAACCUCGGCGACGAGUAGGCUGUACUCGUUGCCCAUCUCAGUGUGUUUUGUUUUUCGUUUUAGACUUGUGUGUGUUUGCUCCAUGUGUGAGGAGCUUGAACUUCGUGUCGUUUGUUUUUGUUUUUGUUGUUUUUCUUUUGUGGAUUGUUUUUGCUAUAGCCGUCUGGGCUAACACUUAUCCCUAACACGUGUGCUAGUGUGUUCUUGGUGUUCGAUUCGUGCAGAACUGUCCAUCUUCCCGUUUGUUUCUCGCUGACUGGUCCACUUCCAGUCCCCCAGCAAUAUCAAUCCGGUAACAUCGUUCCCCUUCUCUAUUCCUCUGCUCCAUUGAGGGCAAUGUCGUGCUUAAGUGUGUGGGGGGGGGGGGGUGCUUUGUAUCGGUUGGAAUGUAUAUAUGUGUGCUUGGAGCCUAGUCCACUGUCUAAAUCUUGAGAUUUGAGGGCUCCAAGUACUGCUAUUUGAUCAUAUUGGCACUGUGUUUUGAUUGAUGAAUUGAAUGGUUUUCGGAUUGAUGCAUGACAGCUUGAUUGUGACUAGGACAACCUAUGAUGAGGACUAAGACGUGCAGUAGAGUUGUGUAGGGGUUCAGUUUUUCAACUGUUUGCUUACCAACUGUGACUUGGAUUGAUUACUUAUUCUUGACAGUCUCUUAUGCAUCAAGUUCAGGGUAUCAGAAUGUGAGAUAGAGCAUAUAGCAUAUAGGUAGCCAGGUGAGAUUUGAGCCUGCUCGUUUCUUUCUUGUGCGAUAGAUCCCUCAUCCAUGAUGUGUAGCAUCACGUUGUCACUAGCUAAGAUGGUGGGGGUAUAGGAUUAGCCCACGACCAAAUUUGACUGUCCUGAUGUGUCAUAGCCCCUAGUCAGCCCUUUUGAGCCAUGUGUUAUUGAUGACUCGGUAUUUGCACAUGUUUUCCCCUUUGUUUCUUGAUUGUUUGAGCUUGAAUUAUUGCGUCUUUGGCCUAUUUUACACUAGGUUUUGUUCCUUUGUCACAUUUCAGGUCCUAGCAUAUAAAGUGAAGCAUAGGCGCAAGUUUCAAGUCAAUCAGAGAUCAAUUGACGAUUCAGGAGAAGAAACUCGGAUAUGACCUGAAGAAGAAUGGAUUUCUACCUCACUUUAUGGACAAAGAAUCAUGCAAGCUUGUCAUGAAAAGAAAUAGGACGAGACUACGAGCAUCUGGGAUCAAACGACGACUGAUUCGGAGUCCGGACGAGGGAGAAACGAAGCAUUAAACAGAGGCUGAGCAAGCCACACGGGCACAACCCACACGGCCGUGUGGCCUGGCCGUGUGAGUCGGGAAUUGCUGUUUAAAACCCGAUUUUCAGCAAAAGGAAAGGGGGAGAGCUGGGUUUUGGAUCCCAAACACCCAAGGGACGAACCCUAGAGAGAGAGAGCGACUUGGGAACAUUCUUGGAGCUAUUUUGGAGGAUUUCUUCGCCAUUGGAGCUCGGGAAUCAAGCUUGGAGAUGGAGAUUGAAGAUCUAGAUCAGAUUUCUGUAGUCUCUCUCUUCUCUAUGGAGUAACUUCCCUUCAAUUAGGUUUUGAGGAACCCUAGUUCCAUGUGUUAGGAUCUUUCUUGUAUGAAGUUUUGGAUGCUUUAUUGUUUGAUUAUAAUCGAUUGAGGCAUGAUUUAUUGAGUCAAUUGAAUCUUGAUCAAAUUCUCUUGAUUUCUGCUUUAACCUAUGAUAGAUAGAAUCUGAUUAGGUUAAGAGAGCUUCCUUGAUUGAUAGUGGUGAAUUGGUUAACCAAUUCACUGCUUUGUACUGGAAUUCAUUCUAGUAGUGGAGAUUUGUGUGAAUCGCCUUAGCAGUCUAUCCCGGUGAAGGCUAGUCGCCUGCCGAGUAUUCUGUCUAAGAGGGCUUGGUCAGCUUAAGAGAUUCCAAGCUAAUUUAGGAUCUUCUGCAGUUUAAUCAACAGUAGAUCAACUAAAGGUAAUUGCAACUU